UUGGGGUAAGACUUGUGGGCCGUCACCUAGGGCAGGUUGGGCCGGGGCCUAGGUAGGGGCCUGGGACUACUUCACAGCACCAAGGCUCCAAAAGAGGAGAUUUAGGUCGUGGGUGGACAGGCCGAGCGAGCUGCCCAGCUAGAGACGGGAGCCCGGGAGGCAGGGUGGACCUGGGGCUCUAAGCCCAGAGCAUGUUCCAGAUCCCAGAGUUUGAGCCCAGUGAGCAGGAAGACUCCAGCCCUACGGAUAGGGGCCUGGGCCCCAGCCCCACAGGGGACCGGCCCCUCGGCCCUGGCAAGCACCAGCGGACGGCCCCAGGCCUCCUCGGGGAAGCUGGUCACCAGCAGGGGCAGCCCGCCAGCAGCAACCACCAUGGAGGCGCUGGGGCUGUGGAGACCCGGAGUCGCCACAGCUCGUACCCCGCCGGGACCGAGGAGGAUGAAGGGACGGAGGAGGAAGAGCCCAGCCCUUUCCGGGGUCGCUCGCGCUCAGCGCCCCCCAACCUCUGGGCUGCCCUGCGCUACGGCCGCGAGCUCCGGAGGAUGAGCGACGAGUUCCAGGGCUCCUUCAAGGGACUUCCACGCCCGAAGAGCGCGGGCACAGCGACGCAGAUGCGGCAAAGCCCCAGCUGGACGCGCUUCAUCCAGUCCUGGUGGGAUCGGAACUUGGGGAGAGGAGGCUCCGCCCCCUCCCAGUGACCCGUCCCACAGCCCGAAACUCCCCGCUCCCGGCGCCGGCCAUCUUGGGUGUGGGCGGAAGUCGUUUUGGCAAGACUUCUGCAAAAAAGAACAUCGGUCCUUUCCUUUUCGAAGGAGGCGAUCUGACCCAAACCUGAUUCUCUUCCGGUGUGGUCGAGGAGCAUGGAGGAUUUGGGCUCCGUCGGAAGUUUUGAAGUUUAGCCGCCCUUAGCCGCCGGAAGUGGCCCCGUGACCCCGCCCCCGGCGCGCGCCAGCGCCAAGUUGCAAGUCCGGGAAACCCCAACUUCACCAGAACCCUCUCCUCCGCGGUAUCGGUGCGGGCCAUCCCUCGCAACGAAGCGUGCUAAUAAAGCCCGUGUUUGUGCC